GAAGAAUUUAACGGUGGGUAUACAAUGGUUUCCAGUGGUGUGUUCCACCUGACAUUUGUACCUGUCUACUUUUUGGACUCAUGCCGUAAAAAAUAGAUGUACAACGUGGAUAAAACACAUACAUGAUUGUGGGCCACAUAGCACCGACCAGUACCGACUCGGUACUGGAGGAAUUCGAGUCCGGAAAGUACCAUAUAAACUUUUGGCCCCACCAUUGUACAAUACCCCUCUCUCUCUCUCUCUCACUGCAACCAUCCGUCUUAAUGUAUCAGUCAAAGUAUGGGGAAAAAAAAAGAAAAAAGAAAAAAGAAAAGGACAUGUUUGGUAUUUUGAAGGAAGUUAGGACUAAGGAGUGUGCAAGAUCAUCUGUCAUCCAAUCUAUGAAAUAAAAAUACCUCAAAAAUCCUUAUUUUCAGGGUUGAAUUUUGCCUUGAGCUGAGUUGGAUGUUGAUCAAAACCCGCUCUAUAAAUACCAUCCGUUCCCCCCUUCCUACUUCUCACACUCCAACAAGAAAGAAGCUACAAAGAGAAAGAAAACAAGAAGCAAUCACAACCAUCCAUCCACCGGUCCAUCUUUCAAUGGUGAAGAAUAGCAACAAGAGGCUUCCUACUCCAAAUGGCCCAAUGGAGGGUAGUGCAGAUACUGUCCAAUCAUCAAGUCUGCCCAAGCCCAUGUCUUGUAGGAAAAAGCAAUUCAAAGGAGUGAGGAUGAGGAGCUGGGGCUCUUGGGUCUCUGAGAUAAGAGCCCCUAACCAAAAGACAAGGAUCUGGUUAGGCUCAUAUUCCACACCUGAGGCAGCGGCUAGGGCCUAUGAUGCUGCACUCUUAUGUCUCAAGGGCUCUUCAGCCAAUCUCAAUUUCCCUAUCACCCCAUCAACCUACUUCCCAACCACCCUUAUGUCACCCAAGUCCAUCCAAAGAGUAGCAGCUGCAGCUGCCAAUGCCACCACCACCACCACCACCACCACCCCAUCAUCCCCCAUUCCCACUCUGCCUCCCCCAUCGUCGUCAUCUUGGCCAUCGACAUCGUGGGACACCCAUGAUGAGAUCGCCACGUCAUGUUCAUCAGAUUACACUCCAUGCGCAAUCGAACAACACCCGUCUCCCGUCAAUCCCUGGAUAGACUUGGAUAUGCUGCUGCAGUCGCCCAAGUACACGGAUCAAAUGCUCAAUGCGUGUGCACUCUUCGGGCCCGCUGCGACGACGGAGGUGUUCGACGAUGAAGCGGACUUUCGUCUGUGGAGCUUUUGCUGAAUAAUCUCCUUAUUCUCUCCUUCUUCAUAUUGAAUUGGAUUUGUUGAUUGAGUUUGAUUUUAGAGAUUACUGACUACGACGUGAUUCCAUUGAUUGGUUUUCUUAUUUGUUCAUUAGUGUAUGUAUGUUACAAGGAACUCCCAUGGAGCUACAUUUUUUGGGUCGUUCCUGGAGUUUCUAUAUAUUGCAUAUAUAUGAUCUUAAAUGUUUCAAGGAAUUCAGUACUACGAGAAAAAAAAAAAAAACAAA